CUCACGCACACUACUACCCUCUCUCUCUCUCUCUCUCUCUCUCUCUCUCUCUCUCAUGGCCAGUCGGCCGUAUCCAAACUAGCCCUUGAGUUGUCGGCGACGGCUAGUCACCGGAAUCUGACCUACUUGGGGUUCGGAAAGUUGGAAACCCUAGGUCAGCUCAUAAAAUACUCUUUGAUUUCUUGUUUGUUGUAUAUGCUUUGGCAGGCUAGAUUCCUUCCAAAAACAUAUACUGUAUUUGUAUUGGAUUGGAGAUCUCAAGUUGAGGGCUUCAGAUCGUGAGAAUGUAUGUGGUUCCUCCUCCGAAGCACUCAGAUCCGCUAUCCGGAUCCACUAGUGUCUCCGAUGAUUUACGAAUUUACCAGGCAUGGAAAGGCAGCAAUAUAUUCUUUCUUCAGGGACGGUUUAUAUUUGGACCGGAUGUAAGGUCGCUGUUGCUGACCAUAUUCCUCAUUGUUGCUCCUGUCACAAUUUUCUGUGUGUUUGUUGCUAGAAAAUUGAUGGAUGAUCUCUCUAACCAUUUGGGAAUAUCAAUUAUGGUUGUGGCUGUUGUCUUCACCUUUUAUGUUUUAGUUCUUCUAUUGCUAACAUCGGGAAGAGAUCCUGGCAUCAUUCCUCGUAAUGCUCACCCUCCAGAACCAGAAGGCUAUGAUGGGAGUGCAGAUGGUGGUGGCCAAACCCCACAGCUGCGAUUGCCUCGCAUUAAGGAAGUAGAGGUGAAUGGAAUUACGGUGAAGAUUAAGUAUUGUGAUACCUGCAUGCUAUAUAGACCUCCACGCUGCUCCCACUGUUCAAUCUGCAACAAUUGUGUCGAACGAUUUGACCACCACUGCCCUUGGGUUGGUCAAUGUAUUGGGCUGCGGAAUUAUCGAUUCUUCUUCAUGUUUGUCUUCUCGACAACUAUUCUUUGUAUAUAUGUUUUUAGCUUUUGCUGGGUUUACAUUAAGAAGAUUAUGGAUUCAGAGGAGACAACAAUAUGGAAAGCAAUGAUCAAGUCCCCUGCUUCCAUUGUGCUAAUAGUUUAUACCUUUAUAUCAGUGUGGUUUGUUGGUGGCCUUACUGCUUUCCAUUUCUAUCUCAUCAGUACAAAUCAGACUACUUAUGAGAAUUUCAGAUAUCGUUACGAUCGGCGAGCCAACCCCUAUAAUAAAGGAGUGAUGGAGAACUUCAAGGAGAUUUUCUGCAGCAGUAUCUCUCCAUCCAAGAACAGUUUCAGGGCAAAGGUACAAAGGGAACCAGCGUUACCGGCUCGAUCGGUGGGUUGCGGUUUUGUUAGUCCAAACAUGGGGAAAGCCGUGGACGACAUAGAAAUGGGGAGGAAAGCGGUUUGGGGAGAUGUAGGGGCUGGGUUAGAUCGUUGUGAAGUGCAACUUAGCAGCAAUGAUGGCUUGAAUAUUAUUAAGGAUGGUGGGGUAGGCGCAAUGUCUCCAGAUAUAAGGACUACUGUUGAUGAGGGGGAUCGUGCUGGAAUACAUCCAAGGCGGUCGAGUUGGGGCAGGAAAAGUGGAAGCUGGGAAAUGUCUCCUGAAGUUCUUGCUUUGGCGUCUAGAGUUGGGGAACAAAACCGUACAGUUGGAAGCAGUAGUAGCAGCUUGACAACUUCGAGACUGGCGGAACCAAAGCUGUGAUAAAUGGAUAGAGGAAGUGGAGAGAGUAGUUGAAUGGUGAGUCUGAAGCAGGUUGUUUGAGGUCUGAUGCUUGGUGGUUCAAAUUCCACAGUAUUUUUCUGCAUUAUGCGGGGACUUGCUUUGACAGGGUUGGGUCUUUAGAAGAAUUUCUGCGCUUAGGAAGUAAGUGGUGUGGGUUUUCUGUAAGAGUUGCUUUCUACUUUCUUUGUUUUGUAUUUGUAUUUGUGGAAUUAGUGUCUAGUUGUGAUCUCUCUCUCCUCUCUCUCUCCGCUAAUCAAUUAACUUGGUCAGUAUGCUCUUUAUUAGUUUGCCCAUGGUGUACAUCGGUUCUCAUGUGUUAGUACAUAAACUUAUGUGUUGGUUCUCAAUAUGCUCAAACCAAGCCACCUUCUGGAGUGAGAUGGAUUGCCAGGUUGAAUUGUGUUCGGUGAUGCACCAUUUGAGUAUGUUGGUGCAAUAUUCAGGAGUCGAAUGAUGUGCAAGCUUUUUCCCUUUGCGUUGGUAUAUAGGACUGUUCUUAGGCU